AUGUUUGGUUGGGGAUCGCAGCAAAACAUUUUUUUUAAACUACAGCACAAUCUAAAAAUAUUGUCUGAAAUGUUUUGAAGUUCAUUUAAAAAUUCCUUUGUCCUGGUGGUUCUGCUUGGCAUCGAGGAAAAUUUUGAAUAGACAUCAGCCGAAGAGCAAAGAAAUCGUGAAGACGUAGGGCGGCGCUAUCUUGAGCUCGAUCUCUCGUCCGUUGAUCCUCGCGACAAAAUGAGCCAAACGUUCCUCCUUUCAAUUGAGAGCUGCAGAUGCCUUCGUGACGACGUCGCGACGUCUUCCGUUCGCCCCUCGUGCCGUCUUCGCCUCGCACCCACCGCCGUCGUCGUCGCUUUCCGCCGGCGUCGUCGGUCUGAAGGUUCGCCAUCGUUCCACUCGAAGCGACUUACCUCAUCAUUCGCAGGUCAAUGGGUGUUUUCGCGAAGACGUGUUCCGCCGCUCACAUUCAUCGUCCAAUGGGGCAACGGCAGGCCAAGCAGAACAUGCAGGCUGGCGUCAAGCUCUACCACCAGCGGCACUACGCCCACGCCAUCAACAAGUGGAAGCAGGCCCUCAAUCGACUUAGGUACGAUUGUAUAUUACAGGAAAGUGCCUUUGUAACUUCAGAGAAAAGUUGGGAAGAUUUUUUUGUUUGAGAGUUGGGAUCAGAGCUAAGCUUCUAGUAGAUUAUGUAAAAGAUCAGGGCAUUGAAAGUAGGUUUAGCUUUUGAUAAUCGUGUUAUUGUUAUUUCCAAUUUAUUGGUCACAUUUCUCAGCAAUUCAAGUAUUUCGUAAGAGAGAUGCGAUCUCGCUAACUUAUUAGUUAGGUCUCAGCUGAUUAAGACCAGUCUUGUUCAAUUCCUUCCUAUGUUUCUACAUGCCUUAAAAUUUAUUGUAGUUAUAAGUUAUGAUUCUCAAAAUCAAUAUUUUAAGAACUAAAAUCAUUUUCUCGACAAACUAGCCCUUCUAUGUCAAUACAACAAUCGCUAGAUUAUACUAGGCAGCGAAACAUUUCUUUCAAUGAAUAUCAGCAAGCUCCUUGGCCAAGUAAAAAACGACGAAUAGUGCAUUCAUAAAACUUGAAAUUCCUUGAAACCAGACCCAAAUGUCUACGAAGUUUUGAUUCGUUUUCAUACGAAGCUCCUAAAGUAACGUCGGAUUUACGUUCAGCAACGUGGAAGACCGGUUCAUCACCCUGGGCUACUUGGCGCAGGCGUUGUGCGACCAGGGAGACUACGAGGGAAUGCUGUCGUUCGCUCUCCACCAGAUGCAACUCGCCACGGACCGCGCCGACGCCACCAUGAAGUGCGAGGCUUUCCUCAACCUUGCCAAGGCCUACGAACGCCUCGCCGACUUUACCAAGGUUCUUUUUUGACUUGGGUUCAAAAAGUGGCUGAGAAAAAAGGUAAUUCGGCUCGGCAAAGCUUAAUUUUUCGAAAAUUUUCUCUGUUUAGUAUCAAGGAAAAGCCAUAAACGCCUUUUCUUGAGAACUAGAGACCUGAAAAGAGUUUCAGCCAAGAUUCAGAAAACUCGAAUGCUCCAUGAAAAAUCAUAUCUAAAAAAUGUCUUGGGUUUUUUUUUGGUCGGAGGUGUGCGGUCAGAGCUUUUAUUGGAGGUUCACAUUUUUUUAUCACAAUUUUUGGCUGAUACUCUUCCGAACCGGAAUUUUCCGAAUCGAAAUCUCGAUCGAUAUUUUUUUUUAAUCUCCGAAAACAUUACUUCGUCCAGUGAAAAAAGAAAAACUUCUUCAUUUGAUCUCACGAUUCGUGUUUCUCAUUCUGUUUGAGGAGUAAAUUGAAAUUAUUAUAUCUUCAAUUGAACUUAUUUUAAAAAAAAACCGUGAAACCUUCUUCAGCUGCGUUGCCGACUUCUAUCUCCAAAAGAGAAAAUAACAACUGAAAAAAAAGUUGAAGCAAGUCGUACUUUAGGCCCUGCAGUACGGAAAGGCGUCGCUGGAACAUCCGAGCAUGGAUCCACGCACACCUGGAUACGCUCACCUGAGUAAUUUGGGAAGGUUUUUGGAAUAAUCUCAACUUGUUUUGCAGCUAUCGCACUCGCUUACUUGGGAAUGUCGCAGUUCCAGGCUUCUUUGGAAAGUUUUGAGCAGAGCAUGAACGUCGCCAAUGAGACUUCCGACCGACUUCUUGAGCUUCAAAUCUGUGUUGGCUUGGGCUCCCUUUUCACCUUGCUCAGGUGGGUUUUCAAGAUUUCGCGUAGUAAAGUGGAAAUAGAAAAGUGUGGGUUAGAAGAUUUUUAAAGUAAAAUCUUUCUAAACUGUAAUGUUUCAUUUUUUCUUAAUUCUGAUAUUUCUUUCGAGAGGUUUUAAAAGAUAAAGAAGUUCUGUCCGAUCCAAAAACAAAGAAAAAGUGGGAGCUUUUGCUUUUAUACUCACUAUUUGAGCUCAAGUGUAAUUCGCAGUUUUCGAAAAGGCUAUCACAAAAGUUCAGUUUUUUUCUUGACUUUCUUUUUCAGGGACGUGACGAAAGCGUUGAUCUUCUUGCGAAACGCGCUCGCCAUCGUCCAAGCAGUGACCGUAGAAGACGUGCACGCCAAGUACCGUUGUCUGAUCCUGUACCACCUUUCGGUCGCCCUGCGGAUCAAGGGAAGCUUGGUCGACGCGAAAGAAGCUUGCGACGUGAGUCAUCGCCUGAACGACGCCGCGAACAGCCAUAUUCCAGGAGGCGAGUCAACUGGCGACGGAAAUGGGCAAUCGGUCGUUGCACGCUCGCUGCAUGUGCAGUUUGGCCGACGUUUAUCGAGAGCUCGGCGAAAGCGAAGCCAAAGAGACGAUCACGGUGAAUGAAACGCCUAGCUUCCUAUUAAAAUGAAUUUUUUGGGGAAAGUGCAAAAGGUGGAUAGUUGAGGAUUUUACCUAGAAGGUACUUUAGGAUAUUGCAGAUCAGUUGAGAUUGUUUAACUCGUUUCUUUUCAGAGAUAUGCUUCUUGACAUGUUGUUUUAAAGCUUGGCAAAGCGAUACAUGCUUCAGUACGGGAAGAACAAUUUUUGGACUCGAAAGCGAAUAAAAUUACAUUCAGCCUUUACUUCUGUUUGUUAUCGAAUCUAUCUUCGAUCUAUACGCAUGAAUAGAAAAAGAUUGAAUUUCGUUUUUACUUUUCGAAAAAAGAGAUUGUUUGUCCAAGGACACUGUAUAAGUUGUGUUGUACAGUUUUUCCUCGUCUUGGUUUGUUUUUUUCGAAAUCGAAGCUGAAAUGGUUAGAAAAUCUUUGCAGAAAUCGUGGGCGCGGUACGAAGAAGCGUACCGAGUGAUGCGCGGUGCAAACGACCGGAUGGGCGAGGUUCUGGUGUUGGCGUCGAUGGCGAAAAGUGCCUCGGAGAGCCGUUCACACUACACGGGCCAAUGCGAAUGCCAGGCCAUCCAGCUCAACAAGAAGUGCAUCGAGAUCGCCAACCACAUCGGUUGCAAGGUGAGAAAUCCAGCUUCUCUCGUACCAUUUCCUCGAAUGAAGUAACCCAAAAUGGCAGAGCAUCAGUAUUGCUUCAUUAAUUCCUGAAUACUCUGAAUAAUAUUCCUGAGCUUCUCUCGUACCAUUUCCUCGAAUGAAGUAACCCAAAAUGGCAGAGCAUCAGUAUUGCUUCAUUAAUUCCUGAAUACUCUGAAUAAUAUUCCUGAAAGAUGUUUCAUUUGUAGCACGUGGUCCUGAAAUGCCAUCUGAGGCUGGCCGAACUCUACUCGCAACUCAACGACGACGAUUCCGAAGAAACCGCCAGACGAGCCGCCAGCCGACUCACGCAGGAGAUGCAGCUCUUCUGCAACUUCUGUGGACAGAGGUCAAUAAUGCUCCCCUUUCGAAUCAACGAGUUUUGAAAAUUAAGAUAUGGCACCAAGGACGAAAGCCUCCAAGCCUUGCGUUGUUCUCACAUUUUCCAUGAGAAGUAGGACUUCCAACUGUUUUUUGAAGGAAGAGUUGAUUCUUCAGAUGUUUGCACACGUAUCUCACUCAACGAAGCGACCAAACGUGUCCAAAAUGCAGGUGCCGCGCAGUUUUGUCGGAUAACAUCUCAGUGCGGUCUUCUAUUGCUAGCACAGCCGAUCUGCAGUCUCCAAGCAGUCAGUUUUGAUUUCUAAACCUCCAAUUUUUUCGAUUCGGUAUUUAAGAAUCAUGGGUCCAAAAAAUACACCGUUUGUUAAAAGAAGUUCGAGCUAAUCUUUUCUAUUCUACAUUUAAGUUUAUUUUUUUGCAUAAUGUUUUGUUAAGCCUCGUUUGGACCACCUGCUGGCGGAGUUCGAACCCCUCUGGCCGAUGUGGCCGAUCUGACGCCGACGGCGACACUCACAAGACCCGACCGGAUACUUCGGUUGAACAGAAACUCGUUUCGUUAACUCAAUAAAAUCUUUUAGUGGCGCCGAAAAGGAUAUAGACCGAGUAGACAAAACCCUGGCGAGGCUGAGCUCGAAGGCGCAGGAUUCGCUGGACGCCAAGCCGCCUCCGAGUCCAAACUCACAGCUGCCGAGCUCCAACGCCAGCGCUCUCAACCACAAACCGCCACCGCCGCCGCCUCCGCGCAAGCCUUGCUGUUCUCAGGCACUUCAUUUUUUCUUUAAAUAUUUAUUUUAUUUAAUGCGCUCUCAGGUGUAUGAAAAUCCAAAUAUUGGUACUUGUCGUUUUCAAAGUGAUUUUUCUUACUGGGGAUUUCUCUCUGACCCUAUUAUUUUCGUUAUCCUUUUUUCUGUCUUGACAGUUUAGGUUAACCAUAAUCUCUACGGUGGAUUCUCAGGUGUAGGACUCAACCCGAAUCGGACGUUUCUGAGAAUUUCUAGUGACGUUUAUGAUUAUGAGAUAUGCUCAGGAAAGUCCGGGGCGCGUCCGGUUUGCGUUACCGAGAUCCGAACAGAUGUUUUCUCCGAAAAAAAGUUUUAAAAAAUCGGAAAUUGUCUACUUUCCAAACGUUGGUGUUUUUUUUUUUGGCGCUUUCGAAAUCAGAAAGUUACAAAAUGACUAUUGGCGAAUCAACUUACAUGAUAAAAGGACGGAGUUAAACAUCACAUAAAAAACAAUUGAUUUGGAAAAGUACGUUCAAAAUCAGUUUUGUAAAGUUAUAUACUUUCGAAGAAACACUCCGAAGAGGGGUUUUCAGGCAGCCCUGCCGCCUUCCUCGAUCGUGGCGCUGCCGCCGGCGAUGCCGUUGGCUGAAGACGGUCCUCUCGUCAUCUCGCUCACGCCUACAGUCACAGACGUCUGAGGACGUCGUCUUGUUGUAUCUUUUCACUUUUUGCUCCUCGGCCAUACUUUUUGUUUUGUUGAAACCGUUCCAUUGCCACACUGCCCUUCUCUUGUGAUAUGAUUUGUAUUACCAUUCUGUCCAUUUCUUUUAAGAUUUUUUCAACUUUAAAACAACUUUUUUUUCAAAAUAUGAACCUUUUGUCGCACCUUCUUUUUCGACUGUUUAUUCACUUGCGCAUGCCAAAAUUUUUCUUUCUGUUUCUUCGUUCCAUGAUCUCACCUUUUUUUAUAAGCCCUCAUGUUUUUCAAGUCUUUUUUUUCUGAUGUUACUCUUCUGAAGAUCAAAUGUUACUCAACGAAAUUUAUGAGAGAAUCUUUGUAUCACCGGUUUUAUAUUGAUUUUCAAAUUUAAAUUAUAGGUUAUAAACUUCAAGGAAUUACUAACUACCUUGCAUUAAAUUAUACAAGACACCAGUUUAUAUUAAUAAAGAAGCAAAAGAUUACAAGAUUUUGAACUUCAUAAGAUAAGGACCUUAUAGGUAUAAUUCAUUAGGUAUCUAGUUCCAAUAGUAGGAUAACAGACUAAUGAAGGUAUAAAGAAAAAACACUUAUCCAAAGAUUUGAGGUACAAAUCAUUCAUCUUAUUCUGAAAACGCCGCACCGCAAAGACUUUCUGAGAACAUCCAGCAGCAUCCAGUUUGGAUACACAGUAAUGGAAGCAGAAAGGCAGAGUGGCCCAAUUGAAGAAAUCUCCAUAAAAGGGCCGCAGCUCUAAAGACCGACGACUAUGCGACGGUUCCUCGGAAAUCUUUGCGUCUUCCUCGUCUUUCUGCUCGCCGUCGCCUUAUCUCUGCUAAUUCUACUCGCAGAAAACACGCGCGAGCUCGAAAUCUCCUCUAAAGCCUUGCUUUCUGAGUUCCAGGUUUCUUUUCUCUCAAAAGAACUUUUUCCAAUUAAUAACUGAAGGAACUAGAAAGAACCACAUGGGCCGAAUUGUUGGCAUCAAACGAAGAGUUUCGUGGGAAACGAAAGGUUGAAAACGAAAAGAACUUUUUCUCCAGUCUAAAUGUUCCUCUAGGCUACAACGCCUAAGGAAAUGAGAAGAAGUUCAAGAAAACAAAGAAGCGAUACGAAAGUGGACCUCGAAGAGAUCGUCAGAACUGGGAAAGAAGAGCAUGGAUAUCAAACCAAGCCGGAAGAGCAAGACAAAUCUGAACCAACAUCAAAAGACGACGACGCUGAGAAGUCAGAAGGACAAGAAGAGCUCGAGGACGACUGCGGUAAGCCGACGACCGAGAUAAAAGUCCCGACAGCGUAGUUCAGACAAGGAUGACUAUGCUUGCCGAACAUCGCACUGCCCGCGAGGUCCACCCGGACUGCCUGGAGCUGAUGGACUUCCAGGUGAAGAUGGAGCCAACGGAACAGACGCCGCCGACGGCUCCGAGUGGAGCCUUGGCGAGAACGACCAAGUCGUCGUUGUAAGCUUUCGAGAAGAGAAAGUAGAAGAUUUUAGGGUUUCAGAUUGGAUGUGUCAAAUGCCCACCCGGACCAAGAGGUGUCGAAGGAGAUCCAGGUCCUCCUGGCUACCUAGGUAGGAGCGGAGAAGACGGAGCACCAGGUCUGGUCGGCUUCGAAGGGUUUCCUGGAAAGCCAGGUAGGUCUCUUGAAAACCUAUGUUGAAGUUGAAGUUGUUCAAAAAGGUGUGCAAGGUGAACAGGGUUACGAUGGUCCAAUAGGUCCUCCAGGCAGACAAGGAGCGCCAGGCGAGUCUGUACAAAGGUCAGUGUAAUGAUGGUUUUCAUUUUUUUAACACCGUAAAAUUAAGCUUUUACAACCCGCCAGGAGCGCCUGGACGUCCAGGGAUAGCAGGUCGGCCAGGAAAACGAGGAAAACGUGGAACUUUUGGAGUCGCCGGAUCGCCAGGUGCAGCCGGAUCACCCGGCAAAUCCGGCGUUCAUGGUGUUCCCGGUCCUCCUGGUGCACCAGGAACGGUAGCUUCUUUAUUGUCGUUUCGAAAAACGUUAGAAGAAAAGAAAAAUUUUAACUUUCAGAGUUCCCAUAAACAGUCUACUCAUGUAGAGAAUCGAAAAAGUUCUGAAAAAUCUAUUGAAAAAAAAAAUUACUAUUGACAACGCAAACAUGAAACGCAAAAAGUGAUUCAGCCUGGCGAGUCUGGUAGGCCUGGUCAGCCUGGAAAGCCAUGUUUUUGUCCGUCUGCCAACACCUACAAAGUUCCCGUCGAGUCAUCCUACGCUUCCGCAUAUCAGCGAAUGUUGGUCAAUUAAAAAAAAAAAAUGAUAAGAACAUUUUUUGAAGUUACAUCCAAGUGACUCCCGCAUACGUCGAGCCGACGACCACGACAAGUCCGCCCAACAUCUACAGGUUCUUAUCGCGAACAAUACCAAAAAUCUCAGAACAUAAUAGGUACUACGUGAAAUCGCCGGCUGAUCCUAUCAAUAACGUUGCCCCGCCGACCAUAACCGGGUACACGCAAAGUGAAUACAAAUACGCAGAAAAAAAACCUGAAAUCGUACCAAACAAGCCGGAAACUAUCGAUGUAAGUUUUAAGAUGAUAACAUUUAAUUCAACUCUAAAAAGGGUCCGCCGGUCAUCGACACCGUCUACGAGAGUGUUCAUCCUCCCGCAACACCAGUCGACUUCGCAGCUGAAUAA